AACAUGUCCACAUUCUCUGAUAGUCAAUUGUCGUGCUUUAUAAAGAGAGCGUAACAAAUUUCGGACCUUUGCUUUUGCCUUGCAUUGCGGGAACCCGCUCUCCUUCCUUCCAUUUAUUUCUUCCCUUCUUUUCUUUUUCUUUCCUUUUUCCUUUUCCUUUCCGGUCAACUGUUUUUCUUCGUCUUGUUUGGUGUUUAUCCGGCGAUACAAUGUCGUCGGGGGCUGCGAACAUCUCGGCAAACGGGAGCCCUAUGCAAGGUGGGCCCACCACUACAAGACGACGCGUGGCGGACUCUCCGAUAACAGCUGAGUCCGACAGCAAUAAUCCAUCUUCCAUUACGGAUGCAUCUAACGACGAAGAAUCCGACAACCCCAACGGUUACAUUCUUUCCGUCUCUUCUUCGGUUUGCGGGUCCCAUUGUUUGCAGCAGCACCACGUGAUGAGGCACCUGCAGCUUCGCAGGAAGCUUUUGUUCUCGUGGGUGCCCGAUAGGUGGUUCAUUUGGAUUGACAACCUGUGUCAUUGGACGGUUAACAUGGGUCAUAGUUUGAGAUCCGGCCGGAACAUGGGCCGUAAGAUCCUCGGGCUCCUCUUGUUCAUGGCGGUCGUUUCCGUUUUCAUCAAAGUCUCGCUUUUUAGUACCCACGUUGAUGUUAACGGUAAAUGGAAGAAAGAAAACGGACUGCUCAUCUUGCAGACGUUCAAAGAGGAUUGGGCCAUGGCGCAACGCGUUGUCAGCGAGACUGAACACUCCAUGCCCAAGCGCGUUCUUGAGAGGAUCUCCACCCCAGAAAUUUGGAUGAAACCAAACAGCGACAAUUAUCAUCAAUGUAUAUCCCGACCUAAGAAUCAAAUAAGGACAAGAUCGAAGUCUAAUGGCUAUAUUAUUGUUCAUGCCAAUGGUGGAUUGAAUCAGAUGAGGACAGGAAUAUGUGAUAUGGUCGCUGUUGCUAAGAUAAUGAAUGCCACCUUGGUUCUUCCUUCUCUUGACCAUGAGUCGUUUUGGACUGACCCAAGUGAUUUCAAGGAUAUUUUUGACUGGAGGCACUUUAUUAAUGUACUGAAAGAUGAUAUUGAUAUUGUUGAGUAUCUUCCCAUUAAGUACUCAACAAUAAAACCUCUGGUAAAGGCCCCUGUUUCCUGGUCUAAGGCUAACUACUACAGGAGGGAAGUGCUCCCUUUACUAAAGCGACACAAGGUGAUCAAGUUCACACAUACAGAUUCAAGGCUUGCUAAUAAUAACCUUCCAAGCUCCAUUCAAAGACUAAGGUGCCGAGCAAAUUACGAAGCUCUCCGGCAUGCGAAAGAGAUAGAGGAUCUCGGAAGGACUUUAGUUGAUAGACUGAAGAGCAAUAAUGAUCCAUAUAUUGCUUUACACUUGAGGUAUGAGAAAGAUAUGCUUGCAUUCACAGGCUGCAUCCAUAAUCUGACUGUAGAAGAGGGCAAUGAACUCACGGUUAUGAGAUACAAUGUUAGGCAUUGGAAGGAGAAAGAGAUAGAUAGCGAAGAACGGCGAAGGCAGGGGGGUUGUCCAAUGACCCCUAGAGAAGCAGCCGUGUUCCUCAAGGCAAUGGGUUACCCUUCUAGUACACCUAUCUACAUUGUUGCAGGAGAGAUUUAUGGCAGCAAUAGCAUGGCUGCCUUCCGUUCUGAGUUCCCAAAUGUCUACUCUCAUUCGACCUUGGCAACUGAAGAAGAGUUGGAGUUGUUCAAGCCAUAUCAAAACCGCCUUGCUGCGUUGGAUUAUAUUGUUGCACUUGAAAGUGAUGUGUUUGUUUAUACUCAUGAUGGGAAUAUGGCUAAAGCAGUACAGGGCCAUCGAAGGUUCGAAGGAUUUCGAAAGACCAUCAACCCUGACAGACAAAAUUUUGUGAAACUCAUCGAUCAGCUGGAUGAAGGUUUUAUAACGUGGGAAAUGUUUUCUUCAGAAGUAAAGAGUUUACACUCUGACAGGCUGGGAGCUCCUUACAUGAGACAGACAGGAGAGUCACCAAGAUUAGAGGAGAAUUUUUAUGCAAACCCCCUUCCUGGGUGCAUCUGUAAAACAAGUCAAGUGCAGAAAAUCAGCGGCCCGAAGUUCGACCAGACCUUGAGUUCAGUUCGAAGAUAGGAUUUUUGUUAGUGGGUUAAGUUGGUUGAAUUAUAUACACUGCUCUGUGCAGGAGGAAGGCUGAUAGGGGGGAUUCUUGAAUUAAGGUAAGUUGCUUUCCGCUGAUAGGGAGACAUGCAAGCCGCCACCUACAGAUGUCAGCUGAAUUAUAUGGUUCCGGUUUCAGUUUUGUUAGAAAGACCAAACCAGCAACUUAGGUAAAAAAACCACAGAGAAGAUGUGUUAUUCUAAGGCAAAUCAAGUUAGUUAUAUAAAACACACACGCAUAUAUAUAUAUGUCACAGUGGGAAAUCACAGCAUUGAUUUAUUCAUUAUUCUUUCAAUAAUUUGGUUGUAAAAAGGGAUGUUUGCCAAAUUAGCCUCUUACAAACUUGAAUGUAAUAUCUUAAAACAUAAUGGAAAUCGUUUCCUAAUUUUCCGCAGCA